AACACAUAACUGACGUAAUAUCGUCCGAUCUUUAGAAACUCUGUGAUUGGUUGUAGUAAAGGUAGGGUGACUGUUCGUAAUUUGUUAGUUAUUACGUUUGACAUAUCAGCAAGUUCUGUUGUUUUAAUUACCUCGUGUAUUUACUGAAAAUAAAUAUCUAUAACACAUAAUAUGCCAUAAUGGCAGAUCCCGAGGGAUGGUCCUCAACACAAGACAACGACUUUUCUAAUUUUCAGUCAAAUGACAGCUUCAAUUUAAAUGAAGUAACUGGUAUCGAUGAUCUCCUUACAAAUUGUGAGAGUGAACUAUUAAAAAAUGGAAACUUAUUUAACGAUGACGCAUUAUUAUCACAAUUGGAUGAACCUCUGGGCAUGGAUACUGAGGGCUUAGAUUUCUUAAAUUUUAACGCUACCGAGGAAUUUAAAGAUUUCAAAGAAUUUCAGGAUUUUAAAGAUCCAAAUAUUAUUAAAUCUUUAUCAAAUGGAAAUGUAAUGUUAACAUCACCAGUGACAGAAAGUGCACAACAGAUUUCUUGUAUAACUCAACAACAAUCACAACAACAAAAACCACAGCAGCAGUUGCAACAACAACAGCCACAAUUACAAGAUGUAACAUCUGUACCAAGUAGACCUCAAAGGAUAUCUGUAACACCAGCACCUACAGUAUUUAGUUCACAAUACGCUAUUCCACAAAAUGUAAACUUCAGUGUUCAAUCACCUGUUGUAACAAUAGCACCAGUUACACAACAGAGGCAGCUCCUUUUACCAGCGAAACUCAUAAAGUCAGAAUCAGUUGUCUAUUCCAGAGGAGCACAAGCUGUUACUUCAACAUCUGUGCCACAUCAAAUACAUACAUUAGUAAAUACUGCCAAUGGAACAGUUCUAACUACUGGUAUUCCUGUUGUAUUGGACACAGACAAAGUACAGAUUAACCGUCUGAAUACAAGUGCACACGUAGGUGUACCAAGGGUAAAAGAAGUCAAGCGCAGUGCCCACAAUGCUAUUGAACGUCGUUACAGAACAUCGAUUAAUGAUAAAAUUAUAGAAUUGAAAAAUAUUAUUGUAGGUGAGGAUGCCAAGUUAAAUAAGUCAGCUAUCUUGAGAAAGACUAUUGAUUAUAUAAGAUUUCUACAGAAUUCUAAUGCAAAACUGAAAGCAGAAAAUAUGGCUUUAAAAAUGGCUGCACAGAGGCAAAAUUUGCGCGAUUUAUUAGUGUGUGGUGAAUUAACACCACCCAGGUCAGAUUCAAGCGAACCGUCUCUGUCUCCUGCACCAGCGCCAUUAUCUCCACCAUCUCCAUCAUCUAUUAAAGAUGACCCAGAUGCGUUACAAAAUAUUCAUUCAACAUCUGUUUUGACAAAUACAGGAAUACGAGAUCAUACAAGGCUUACACUUUGUGGUGUCAUGUUCCUCUUUUUAGUAUUCAAUCCUUUAGGUUUUGUUUUCAAUAAUGUUGGAAGAUUGAAAUCCGAUUAUAUAAAUACUAAACUAGAUGGCCGUACGAUUCUUAAUUAUCAAGACCAGUCUGAAUUUGAAAAUCCAAUUUGGAGUAAUGUAUUCCUGUGGUUAACAAAUAUUAUACUUUUAAUUGGUGGAGUUUGUAGACUACUACUUUAUGGUGAUCCAAUAUUAUCACCUGAUAGUAAAGUGUUCCUUGAACUUCAUCGAUGGAGACGGCAAGCGGAAUUUAAUAUAUCUAAAAAUGAAUCCAGUCAAGCGUGCCGUGAUUUGCAUCAAUGCUUACAGUACUUUGGUCGUCCAUAUCCAGCAUCGCGUACAGAAGCUUGGCUUGCCACUACUUGGCAAAUCAUAAGACAACUUCUUCAUAAAUUAAUGAUUGGAAAGUGGAUCUUAUGUACUCAUAAAUGGUUUUCUGAAAAAACCACUCGACAACAAGCAGAAAUGUCUGCUAUGGAAAUAGCUAUUAUUUAUCAACACAUGCUUUGUUUGCGACUGACAGAAGGAUCAAAAAGUGGAACAUUGUAUCUUGCCUUAUCUGCAGUAAAUUAUGCCGAAGCUGCUGGUGAAACUAUGCCAAAAUCAUUGUUAGCUGAAAUAUAUAUUAAUGCCGCGCUUUGCUUUAAACAGUCACUCUUUCCAUUUAUUCACAAAUACUAUUUGGGUAAGGCGCGCAUAUUAUUAUCAUCAUGUGAGGUUCCAUCAAAAUUAAAAUGGAUUAUGAGCGAAGAAGGAGUGAGAUUUUUAAUACUUCAAAAAUGGCAGUACGGAGAUCAGUCAGAUAAUGAAUUUACAUCUCAAAAUAGCAAAGCUGAUCCGCUAUCAUAUGCAUCGCGUGCAUAUAGAGAUUAUUUAAUUGGUCACUGUUUACGUAUUUUAACCGGUACGGCUGGAGACGCUCAUUUAUCUUCAAUUUUGGAAUAUGGACAAAGUAUCAUGGCUUCUGCUGGAGUCGAUGCUGGUUUUUUGUGUACUGAUAAAGUCACUGUUACACAUUGUGAAGAUGAAAUUGGUUUAUGGUGGGGAGCAGUUCUUUACGUAGCAGCAUGUUGGAGAUUGAGAGAGGAUGAUUCACAAGCUUGGAGCAUUGUUGAGAGCAAAUUUCCUUACGAAAAGAAUUACCAACUCUGUAAUAAUAGUAAUGGUGUUAGUCCAUUGCCGUACAUCGUAUUGAAUGCUUUGCAAGCAGCAAAAGCUACAACUAAAUCGGCUUCCAUGCGUAUAAUUGAUCAAGCAGGAAUAUUACUUGAACAGUGUUUGGUUUAUUAUAAUUGUAAACAACAGUCAUCACAAAAUGUUUUGCUUACUCAAUUAUGGAUUUGUGAUUGGUUACUUGAGAUGCGAACUACACUUUGGCAAGAGUUGGACAAUGAUUUGGAAAGGCCAAGCAUAAACAUUUCUUUGGGAGGUUUUCAGCGUGAUUUAGCUUGUUUGAGGCAACUGUGUCAACAUAUUCCAUCUACAUUAGCACGUGUAUUCCUUUACGAAGCUACAGCGCGUAUAAUGGCAGGAGCAACACCAGUGAAAACUCAAAUACUAUUAGAUCGCAGUUUGCAUCACAAAAAUUCUCGUUCUUCAAUUAUUUGUGGUAAAGAUCGAUCACAAGAACAAUAUAGUGGAGAAAGGGAAUAUGCAGUAGCUUUGUGCUUAGCAUGCCGACAUUUACCUGCAUUGUUGUUAGCUUCUCCUGGAGAACGUGCUGGUAUGCUUGCGGAAGCUGCUAAAACUCUUGAAAGAGUGGGUGAUAGAAAAAGGCUUCAGGAAUGUUACAAAUUAAUGCGACAAUUGGGGCCUGCUAUUUCUGUUAAUUGAUACAUUUCAUAAAAAUGUAUCUGAUUUAUUUCAAUCCCAUUGUCAAUAUAUUAUGUAAGUAUAUUGUAUAUACUUGAAUGUAGAAUUCAAAACAUGCAAUUUCUUUAUGUUUAAAUUAGAUUAUUUAAUACAUCGUUUAAAUUAAAUUACUCUAAGUGAAUAUUUUUGUAAAUUGAUAUCAUUUACUAUUCAAGUCAGUUUAUGAUUUUAUCAUAUAUCUAUUAUCAUUGUACGUAUUGUAUUGUAUCAAUAAAAAUUGUAUAACAUGAAUUUCAA